CUUGGAGGCGGCACCCGAGCUGCUCUCGAGACCCGCCGCGCCCUAUCGGCCCGAGCCUAGUGGCCCCGCGGAGCCGGCGCGCUCCCGCCUGCAGGGGGAGGGCGGACGGGGCGCGGGGACCGGCCAGGCCGCGGCCGGCGCUGUUUCUCUUUCACUUUCCGGGGCUGGGAGGCAGGCGCGCGGGCGGGCUGAAGAACGGCGGCCGCUGAUAUGAAAAAGCAGAACCACCAAAAGGAGUGAUGAUCAGUGAUCUAUGCCCAGUCUGGGUAUUGGUGCUCAUGCCUCAGAACACCUGUCAGAAUAUUGCGCCAGCUUCUGGGACCAGCCUUUCAUCUACUUAGUUACCCCUCUUUGCCUGAACUGCUAAAGCCAGCUAACCACGAAUGGCUGCCCAAAGGAAACACUUGGUGAAAGAUUUCAAUCCUUACAUCACCUGCUAUAUAUGUAAAGGGUAUCUGAUCAAGCCGACAACAGUGACAGAAUGUCUCCAUACCUUCUGUAAGACCUGUAUUGUCCAGCAUUUUGAAGAUAGCAAUGAUUGUCCAAGGUGUGGCAACCAAGUUCAUGAAACAAAUCCAUUAGAAAUGUUGAGGCUGGAUAACACACUGGAGGAAAUUAUAUUUAAGCUGGUACCUGGACUUCGAGAACAAGAACUUGAGCGUGAAUCUGAAUUUUGGAAGAAAAAUAAACCUCAAGAAAAUGGACAAGAUGACACUUCAAAAGCUGACAGAUCUAAAGCAGAUGAAGAUGGUGAUGAAAACCAAGAUGACAAGGACUAUCAUAGAAGUGACCCACAAAUUGCUAUCUGUCUAGAUUGUUUACGAAAUAAUGGGCAAUCAGGGGACAACAUAGUUAAGGGUCUAAUGAAGAAAUUCAUUCGAUGUUCUACACGUGUUACUGUAGGAACUAUUAAAAAAUUUCUAAGUUUAAAAUUAAAACUUCCAAGUUCUUAUGAGUUGGAUGUGCUGUGCAAUGGUGAAAUUAUGGGGAAGGAUCAUACUAUGGAAUUCAUCUAUAUGACAAGAUGGCGGCUAAGAGGAGAAAAUUUUCGGUGUCUGAACUGCUCAGCCUCGCAAGUCUGCUCUCAGGAUGGCCCUUUGUAUCAGGGCUUGGACAGAGGAGCCAAAAGCCAGAUUUCCACGUUCAGCAGUUUCGUUUCAUCUGUUACCCAGAAGAAAGAAGCAGCUGAAAAUAGAGGUUCACCUACACAUCUGGCUUUCCCUAACAUCAAGAAUGCGAGAGACCUACCACCAGUUUGCCUUGAUGUUAGACAAAAACAGCGUCUGUCUAUGGAUGCAUUAUCAUCUGAAGUGAAGGCCCCAGUUCUUCCAGAACCUAACCUUCCUAGCCAGCCCAAAACUAUGAAAGACUUUCAGGAAGAUGUAGAAAAAGCUAAGUCAUCAGGAGAUUGGAAAACAGUACAUGAUUUUUAUUUAACAGCAUUUGAUUCUUUCCCGGAAUUAAGUACUGCUUUUAAGAAAGAUGCCACUGCUUCAUUUAAUACCAUUGAGGACUCUGGAAUUAAUGCUAAAUUUGUAAAUGCUGUAUAUGAUGCCUUACUUAAUACUCCUCAAGAUAUUCAGAAGACAGUAUUAAAGGGAAUCAUUAACAGCUUGUUACGAGAAUGGAAAGGCCUACGAACAAAAGAUGAUCUUAGAGCAUAUUUUAUCCUUUUACAGAAUCCUCAGUUUAAUAGCACAUCUACAUAUGUCAUCUAUGCUCAUUUGCUGCGACAGAUAGCUGCCUUAGUGGAAGCUGACCAUCACUUCCUAGUUCACUGGCUUAAAAAAUUAUCCCAGAAGAAAUUCAAACAAUUGGUAGAGAGAUUGCUGCAGUUUAUUUCCUUACGCCUGUUUCCUGCAAAGCCUGAAGAAUUUCCACCUAUAACAAAGUGUUCCUGGUGGAUUCCAUCAGCAUCUAAAGUGUUGGCUUUACUUAAUACUGCAAACAGUUUGGUUCACCCUCCCCUUGUUCCUUAUACUGACUUCUAUAAUUCUACAUUGGAUCACAUUGAUCUCAUGGAAGAAUAUCACACUUGGCAGAGCUUUGGAAAUUCUCACAGGUUUUCCUUCUGUCAGUACCCAUUCGUUAUUUCUAUAGCUGCAAAAAAAACCAUUAUUCAGAGAGACUCAGAGCAACAGAUGAUAAGCAUCGCAAGGCAAAGUCUGGUGGAUAAAGUAUCUCGAAGACAGAGACCUGACAUGAAUAUGUUAUUUCUAAAUAUGAAAGUGAGGCGGACACAUCUGGUUAGCGAUUCACUUGAUGAGCUAACCCGGAAAAGAGCAGACUUGAAAAAGAAGUUGAAAGUCACAUUUGUAGGGGAAGCUGGUUUGGAUAUGGGUGGCUUGACUAAAGAAUGGUUCCUUCUUCUCAUUCGCCAGAUUUUUCAUCCAGAUUAUGGAAUGUUUACAUAUCACAAGGACUCACACUGCCAUUGGUUUAGCAGCUUUAAAUGUGAUAACUAUUCUGAAUUCCGAUUGGUUGGAAUUCUUAUGGGACUAGCUGUUUAUAACAGCAUCACCUUGGAUAUUCGUUUCCCUCCCUGCUGUUACAAGAAGUUAUUGAGUCCUCCCAUCGUACCUAGCGAUCAAAAUACACCAGUAGGCAUCUGCAGUGUUGCCAUUGAUGACUUAUGUCAAAUUAUGCCUGAGUUGGCCCAUGGAUUAAGUGAACUCUUAUCAUAUGAAGGCAAUGUUGAAGAAGAUUUCUAUUCAACAUUCCAGGUUUUUCAAGAAGAAUUUGGAAUAAUUAAGUGUUAUAAUUUAAAACCAGGGGGUGAUAAGAUUCCAGUUACCAAUCAGAAUAGAAAAGAGUAUGUACAGCUUUAUACUGACUUCCUUUUGAACAAAUCUAUCUAUAAGCAAUUUGCUGCAUUUUAUUACGGAUUUCAUAGUGUGUGUGCUUCAGAUGCCCUAAUGCUGCUUCGUCCAGAAGAGGUUGAGAUUCUGGUCUGUGGAAGUCCUGAGCUGGACAUGCAUGCUCUGCAGAGAAGCACGCAGUAUGAUGGCUACGCGAAGACUGACCCAACCAUAAGAUACUUUUGGGAUGUUGUGCUUGGAUUCCCUCUUGAUCUUCAAAAGAAGUUGCUACAUUUUACUACAGGAAGUGACAGAGUACCUGUGGGAGGGAUGGCCGAUUUGAACUUUAAAAUUUCAAAGAAUGAAACUUCUACUAACUGGUUACCUGUGGCUCACACCUGCUUCAAUCAACUUUGCCUUCCUCCAUACAAGAGCAAAAAAGACCUGAAACAGAAAUUGAUCAUUGGAAUUUCAAAUUCAGAAGGCUUUGGACUUGAGUAACCUCGAAGACUUGAAAUAUUUAUAUGUAGCACUCACUUCCCUCUUAUUGUGCCUUUAACCUUUUCAUGUUUCUGUCUCAAAACAGUUUAACAAAGUUCGCCAACUUUAAAAUGAUGAAGGGUGUUUCUAUAACCCAGAUACAGAAUGAGUGUAGUAAAGGCAUGAUUUUCUUUAAAAAACAAAACAAAACAAACAAAUCCGUCAGUGAGGAAAAGAGCAUAUGGCAGGGGUAGUUCUUUAUCACUUCUCAUAAGUUGUUUCCCACAGAUGUCCACUGGGAAAGCCAAGUGCAGUAAGAAUGGGUUUGUGAUGUAGUUGAACCCAGUGGCAGACGUGCUGCCAGCACACUGUAGCAAAGCAGACAGCUACAUUAUCUUUAACAUAAGGCAUGUAGCCAUAUUUUCGUACAAAGGUAAACAACAGUAUAAUUGCAAAUGCAGUUUACAGGGUCUUUUGAUAUACUGGUUUGGGGGUCCUAUAAGAUCUUUUCAACUGUUGCUGAAAAGCAUGUAAAUAAGUACAUAAUAGCCUAAGAAUAAUGGGAUUUUGAUAGUGCCAUUUAUUGCAAAAGAUUUAUUUUUACAAAGUAAAUUUGGGGUUUUAGAUGUGUAUACAGCUUUUACAAAUCAAUAAAGAUGAUUGUACAAGAGUAUUUUCAGACUAUUGGAUCCAAGGUUCUAUUCUUUUAGGUAUUGUUAGUCUGCAUGCACAGUGGAGGUAAACCAGUUACUCUGUAAUAUUGUAUAAUGAUCAUUUCUUAAAGGUCACACUGAGAACAAGUUAGAUCUAACUAGUCAUUGAUUAAUUAAAUCGA